AUGGACAGCUCUCGGCUGCGCCUCUGUGCUUCUCCACCUGGCGCGCACAACGCCCGGAUCUGCUGCAGAGGACAAGCGAGGUAACCCGCGCUUUCCUCCAGACCCGCUAGCCGGCCAGCCAGCUCCAGAAAUCAUAGGCUUCAAGUGUUUUCCUUUCCUUUCCACCACCCUCCUUUCCAACAACCGACCACUUUUUUGUGUCGCCCAGCUAACGCAAAGCUGUAUUCCCUUCUAUUGAUUUUACAGGUCCGGAGGAUUCUGGAGACCUUGGAUUCCCACCCCCAAAGAUGCAGAAAGGCAGCGCAGGCGAAACUACAGGGCGGUGAGUGUGUCCAUUCUGAUUAAAGCGGCAACAAUCCCACGUGGGGUGGCUGGAGUGGGGAGUUGUGUUCUCCUGACGAAGCUGGUCGUUGGAUCGUUAACUUUGUGGGUGUGCAGGAGCGAGAAAGGGAAAGUCGUCCUUUCCUUUUCAGGCUGUCAGUUAAACACAAUUCGGGAAAAGUCAUAGAUUUGUAGAGUCGGAAGGGAUUCCAAGGGUCAUCUAGUCCAACCCCCUGCAAUGCAGGAAUCUCAGCCAACGCAACCAUUACAGAGGGCCAGCCAACUUCUGCUCAAAAACCUCCAAGGAAGUCAUAUUGGGAUUUGACAUUAUUUUUAUGUCCUUGCUGCUGCUGCUUCAAUUUAUAUCCCACCCUUCUUCCCAAAGAGCCCAAGUUGGCAAUAGUGAGGGCAACGUCAUGCUUAUUUUGAUGGCAUGCUUUAAUUAAUUAAUUAAUUAGAAAAGUUAUAUAUGUUUUUGGCAAAAAUAAAAAUCCCUAAGCAGGUUACAGACAGGGACGUGGGUGGUGCUGUGGGUUAAACCACAGAGUCUAGGACUUGCCGAUCAGAAGGUCGGCGGUUCUAAUCCCCGCGACAGGGUGAGCUCCCGUUGCUCGGUCCCUGCUCCUGCCAACCUAGCAGUUCGAAAGCACGUCAAAGUGCAAGUAGAUAAAUAGGUACCGCUCCGGUGGGAAAGUAAACGGUGUUUCCAUGCGCUGCCCUGGUUUGCCAGAAGCGGCUUAGUCAUGCUGGCCACAUGACCCAGAAGCUGUACACUGGCUCCCUCGACCAAUAAAGCAAGAUGAGUGCCGCAACCCCAGAGUCGGCCACAACUGGACCUAAUGGUCAGGGGCCUCUUUACCUUUACUUUAAGCAGGUUACAGAAACUGUAAAAUUGAAAUACAGCAAAUACAACCAAGUAAUACAAAUAAGAAUCCAUUAUAAAGGCAUUAUAAAGCUUUGGUCAUUUAAAAAUGCCAAGUCAAUAAUUAAACAGGAUGACACUCUUUUUUGAUAUCUGGAAUGUUGCUUUAUGUUUCUUUCACAAGUGAUACCUGAAUAUGCAUGUCUUAUCUGUCAGGCAAGGCUGGGGAACCUGUGGUCCUUUCAGAUGUUGUUGAAUUCCCAACUCUCAUCCACCCUCAGCUAGCCUGGCCAGUGGUCAGAGAUGAUGGGAGUUGUAGUUCAGCAGCAUCUGGUGGACCACAGAUGGCUAAAACGAAAUCAGCUUCCUUACGUUCCACAAAUUUUCCAUGCUCAGGAAUAGUUUUUAUAUUACUUUUGAAACUGCCCUUUCUGGAUACUGUUAAUCAUUCUGUUUUUGAUCUGUGUCUCCUGUUUAUUACUCCUAGUUGUGCAGCUCUUCUGAGACAGACUCAGCAAAACUCACACAGUAUAUACAUCCAGUCAGGUAAGGUGUAAGCAUUAAUAUUAUUAUUUACAGUUUCUGUUAGGGCCAUUUUCACUAUUUUUUCCCAGCAGGGAAUCAUUAACAGCUGCCUAGUGAGAAGAAUACCAACAGGUGGAAAUGGUUAUGGUGCAGAACAGUGGACACUUUUUGUUAAUUUCAGGCAGCAGCUACAUCAUUGCACUGUCCCUCUGACCCACAAGGCUUUAUGAGGUUGCUGCCUGUAUUGCACACCUGCCUCUCCUGGUGGUCAUAGAAUAGCACGUGGCCCACCUAUUGAAGACCAUGAUUCCUAUGGUGUAUAUUACAAUUCCACAUGAAAGAUGUUCUUCUCUCUCCCAACCCUGCAGUCCUGGGUGAGUUCAUUCGCUGCACCAGAGAACUGUGGACUACAUAGUUUGUGUGGCAGGAUGAGAUAAGUUUGAAAAACUCUCUACCAGAUUGUUCAUCCCCACCCCCUCAGUUGUAUAACUGUUUCUGGUUUUUUCACCCAGGGGAACGGGAAAAUGUACUAUGCAGAGUUGUCAGUAUCAAGCAUCAUGGCAAAGGUUCCAGUGCAAAGCUAACCUUUCUUGUAUGUGUGUAUGUCCUACUCACUAUAUGUGCCCAGGAGCAAUUCAGACCUGCAUUGUUAAAUUUCCCAUCAGAUGCUAUCAAACCAUAUCUGGUGUUUGAGUUGUCAGAGGUAUCUGUUUGACCUUGUACAACAAUAAUUGUGUUUGAGGGCUUACAUAGCUUCUGUUUUACUAAUUCUAGAGUUUUGCAGAAUGUAUGUUUAAGUAUUCUGGCCAAGGACAAGAAAUUUUCACAAGGGUGGGGAACUAGGUUGCAGACUGAAGUGAUGGGCCCACUAAGCAGCUCCUGCGGAACCAAAGUUCUGUGUCAUCACUAAGAAUGUAGUACAUUUACGCCUUUUGCAGUACAAGAGCAGAGCUAUUACCAGUACCAAACCAUUCAGAAAGGUUUGCAGCAUCAUUUAAUAUUUAAUUGUAGGGAAACUUUAGGUGUGAAAUGCCGCUAGUUACAUUUAGGCAUAAGUAGGGCCUGUUUUCUCAUUAAACUUCCAUUUCCUGCUGGACUUUUGUAGCUCUAGUAAAUGGAGUAUCAGAGUGCAGCCACAUUUUAUAGCUCCUAACUCUGGUUUGCAUCCAAUGGUACCCACCAUGUAAGCCGAAAGAAGAUCCACUUGCUUAAGGUGAAGUAUCCAAUCUCCACCAAUUACCUCUUACGCAUGUACUCUAAAACCUAAAGAAGUAAUUUUCAGCAAAAGUUAUUUCACAUUAACCCUAGGUCAACUAGACUGAAAUGAAUCCCUGAAAUAUUAAAUUAACAGAACAGGUUGUCUCUGUGUGUUUUUAGGUUAUUCUGGCCCAAAUCAAGGUGCUUUGACUACUUGUAUCAAGAAGCUGAAGCACUUCUGAAGAACUUUCCUGUCCAAGCCACAAUUUCCUUCUAUGAAGAUUCAGAGAAUGAGGAAGAUAGUGAUGACUCGGAACAUGAUUCUGGAGCAGAAUUGGAUUCUUAA